AUGUUUAAAGAAUAUGAUCAAGUUUUCGCCUUUGCCGUCUCCGAUCACGACAAGCAUAAAACCACUCCGCUGCGAUUCGGAAUACAAGUAGUAAAAAUAACACGAAUGCAAUCCCACAAAGUAUAG